AUGGCUGCAGUUGCAAUUCUUUUCACUCAACAUGAUUUAUCAACAGACAAUUUCAUAGUGAACAGAGAGUUUCUAUCUGCCCCUUCAAACACUACUGCUCUCCCAGGGUCUGCUUUUGAGAUAGAGGAUUCUUCAAUGCUUACUGAGAAUAUUACUUCAGUGAGGGAGGUCUCAGUAAAGGAUUUCACUGACAAUUUGAUUGACAUUCCUGCAGACUCUGAGAUUGCCAGCUUGUUAGUUUCAAAGAACCUCACCUGGGCUUAG